AUGGCCCCCGGCGUCCUCCACCGCGUUAUCCAUGGAACCCACACUCCAGAGGCAUGGCAGAAAGACCUGAUCACCGUGCGUCCCGCCAUGCUGCAACACUACCGUCGACACAGAGUCAAACACGCAGACUACCCUGCUAUCAUACCUCAUUCCGACUCCAGGGUGCGGGGGAGCCUGGUGACGGGACUGACGCAGGGUGACAUCUACCGCCUGGACAUCUUCGAGGGCAGCCAGUACAAGAGGGACGUGGUGAAGGUGCAAGUCCUGAAAGACGUGGAGCUGGAUCAGGCUGCGCCCGAAGAAGACAGCAACGACCCGGAAGUCCUGGAAGAAGUCGAAGCACAAACAUAUGUAUGGCUGGAAGGUGAAGAGACGUUGGAGCCGCAAGAGUGGGACUUCGAAGCGUUCAAACGAGACAAGAUGCGUGCUUGGAUGGGCAUCGAGGAGGACGAGGAAGUCGAGAUCGAUGAGGGCUUUGCGGAUGUGGACAGAGCUGUUGCAGAGGGCGACUUCUCGCAGACAGAAGGCAAGACAAAAGAGAAUGGAGCGACCACACCGAAGCGUGAUCCAAUGGGCGGGAGAGGGGCCAACGGGCAUAUCACGCAGCAGUUGAAGGAUGCAGGUGUGUAG